AUGACGGACACCACCGCUGCCAGUAGUACCAUACCUAUGGUCAAGAUAAAGACUGAAAGGCCCGAUGAGGCCGAGAUCCAAGAGUUAGCCGCCAAAAUGGUAGAAGCCAACAAGGCUAAGGCGCUCGCGGCAUCCGUGGCGGCAUCGCGGGCCCCACCCGGUGGCAUGGUCGGCGUGGCGCCGCCCGGCUCCGGUGGCCAAAUGGGCAUCAUCAACUUCCUCGCUCGAAAACCUGGGACUACGGCUGCGGAUCAGCGUCCCAUGCCUGAAGGUGACAAGAAGACACCGGCCCCGGAUGAGGCCAGUUGGAAAGGUCACUUUGGUUGGGACAUGUUGGGCAAAUGCCACAUACCAUACAUAUAUCGUUCCAAUGAAAAAUAUGUGGCUGUUAGAAUGGUGGAGAUCAAGCUUCUUAACAAGUACUUGAACUACCUUCAUGCAGAUAUAUACUCAUGUACCUGUAUAAGAAGUUACUACAUCACAGAAAUUGAAGCCAGGCUACUCAAUGAGAUUAACAACAGGCAUUGUGACGGACAGUUUGGUCGGGAACCUUUUACACAGAAGGACUUAGUAGUGAGGCUAUCGGACGCUUAUGAGUUCUAUAACUUCCUAGAUGUUUGUUAUAAUAAAUUAUUAAGAGGAACUACUAAUAGUAAAGAUAAGUGUGGUUUUAUUAGAAUAAAUAAAGAAUCUGUUGUACCCUAUACUGUGCGGGAUAGUCAAAAGUUUGUUCCUCUGUUCUAUUUUGAAGGGGAAACGGACAACUUAAAGUUAAAAGCUGACCAGUUAAAAGGCUGGGACUUGUCGUACCUGAAGUUUUGUUGUAAGGUGCAAGGAAUUAGGAAUGAAUUGUUUGCUAGUGAAACGUGUUCAGUGAUUAGUUUAACAGACAUUAAAAGUUAUUUUCCACCUGGAACGGAGUUUGAGGAGUAUUGGCCAAACAAAGUCGUGGAUUCACAACUUCUAAUAUCAGCUAAAGGGUCGGUAUCAGGCGGUGGUCAAUGGACAAGGGCGCCCCCCGCGCCUCCACCAGGCGUCGUCGGAGGUGUUGGGGUGGGUGCAGGCGCGGGCGUGAACCUCAACAAUGUCACCGGCCAAUCGACACGAGGACGAAGAGCUGCCACGCAAAGGCAUUCACCAGCUUCAGCAGCAAUGCAAAUGCCCCAUGCGGGCUUAUCAGCCGCUGCUGUUCAAGCGUUAGCAAGUGGUUGGAAUCUACCCAACACGCUGACUCAGGCACAAACGGCACAAGUGCUUAGGCUCGCACAGGCGCAAGUAGCCCAAGCGCACGUGGCGCGGUACAACAAUGCCAUUGCUGCGGCAGCCUCGUUGCCGCAACACCGCUCGCAACACCAGCGUAACGUUCAGUUUCCGAACAGUGCAAUAACAAUGGCGAUGGGUCAGCAACCCCCUCCACCUCUCGUGAGGAGCACUGCCAACACAACGACCAUGAAGUGA